AUGAAGCACAAUGCGACGGAGUUGGAGGAGCGGCUGAUGCAGAGCAGCGGGGCUGCUGCUGCAUGCAGAGAGGAAGCAGUAUGCGUGCCCGUAGAGGGUGUAGGCGAGCAGCAACAGCAGCAGCAGCAGCAGCAGCAGCAGCGACUGCUGCAGCUGCAGCAGCUGCAUGAACAGCAGCAUCAGCAGCAGCAGCAGCAGAUGCUGCUGCACCGCAGCAGCAACGUAGGGGAGAGGUUCUUCCUAAGGGGGCUGAUGUUUGUUAAGAUUGGUUUCGGUGCUCUUGUCCUCUUCUUGCUGCUGCUCGCUGCUCUUCAUAUUGAUGCUACAGCCAGCGUGUUAAGACAAGUCAUAGCAGGAGUUCAGGACUUAGGGGGGUUUGCUCCUAUUGCCUAUAUUGCUCUAUAUGUUUUGUGUAUUGCUUGCUUCUUACCAGCAGAGUUUAUGGUGGUGAUAGAGUGUGGGGAGGCGCCUGUGCUUAUGGGCACUUGGCUGCCGGUUUUAUCUUCUCCCGAAUUUAUGGAGAAAGCUGGCUUAGCGAUAUCGAGGCUAACAAGCUAUUUGUUUGGAGUUACAGCUCUUAAGGCUUCGCAUCUUCUCCUAGGAACGUUUUCAGGGACACCGCUUAUUCUAGCCUUCAACUUCAUUGGCUCUGCAUUGAGCGAUCUUAAAGAUUUAGACAUCCGCAACUUCUCCUGGACGUGGCAGCGACUGAGUCUCGUCGCUUUGGGAGUUAUGAUGGCCGGCAUUUCUGUGGUGUACAUCGGCGUGCUGACGCGGAGGAAGUUGGAGGCGGCGUAUGCAGCAGCAGUGAGAGAGCGAAGCCAGGGGGGGCAGUUGCUGCUGAGCAGCAGCAGCAGCAGCAGCGGCAGCAGCAGCAGCGCAGCGGGGUUGCCUUGA